ACCAGUGUAAUAAAAAAACUAAACAUAAACGAGAAGAACACCAACAAUCUCUCUCGCUUACUGGUUCGUGGUUUAUCCUUCAAUUCCGGUCAAAAUUCUUCCCCUUUUGUCAUCCGGAAUAUCUAAUUCGACCUAGGUUGCUGAAUCGAUCAUUUAAAAAAAGCUGGGUUGGUUUAAUUGGAGCAUUUAACGAGGAAUAUAUAUAUAUAUAUAGCUGACGAGUUUUGCAGAAAUGGCGGCUAUAGCUGGCUCGGAGAUACAUGGCUUCCGAACCAUGAAAGACUUAGAUAUUGGCAACAUACUGGAGGAGGCCAAGGGAAGAUGGCUUCGGCCAAAUGAGAUUCAUGCUAUACUCUGCAACUACAAGCACUUUAAUGUACAAGUCAAGCCAGUCAACUUGCCUCCAAGUGGCACAAUUGUGUUAUUUGAUCGGAAGAUGCUUAGGAAUUUUCGGAAGGAUGGUCAUAAUUGGAAGAAAAAAAAGGAUGGGAAAACUGUCAAAGAAGCACAUGAACACUUGAAAGUUGGUAACGAGGAGAGGAUUCAUGUAUACUAUGCACAUGGAGAAGAUAACCCAACUUUUGUUCGAAGAUGCUAUUGGCUACUUGACAAGUCACUGGAACAUGUAGUCCUCGUUCAUUAUCGUGAAACUCAAGAGGGUUCUCCAUCAACGCCAUUGAAUUCAAAUUCUAGUUCCGCUCUUUCUGAUCCAUCUCAAUCUUUGGUCAUAUCAGAAGAAUCUGAUUCAGCAGCAGACCGGGCAUAUUACUCUAGAGAGAGAGCAGAUUUAGAUCCUAAUUGUAGUGUGAACAUAAAAGAUCAUGAAUUGAGGCUUCAUGAGAUUAACACACUGGAAUGGGAUGAGCUUCUUGUGCAAGAUGACCCCAACAAGCUAAUUGGACCUCAAGAAGGAAAAUAUUCAUCCGAGCUAUCUUAUCAGUACGGCAUGAAUGGUUAUGGAAUUACUAGUGACUCCAUCUCAGAUAACAAAUUGCCCGUAGAGAGUUAUUUGGAAAAAUUCCCUGGGCAAGUUUCAAUGAACAAUUCUGGUAACCUUAAUGUUCCAGCCAAUUUAUGCUUUCAAACAAUGGGAGCUCCAACUGCAAACUUACUACUGAAGGAUUCGGAACAGAUGACAUUGUUUGCUGGUGAUUCCUUAGAACAUGCCAGCAAGGAUGGUCUGCAAACUCAGGACAGUUUUGGGAAGUGGAUUAGUAAUGUUAUUGCUGAUUCUCCUUUGCCGUUGGAUGAUACAACUCUAGAUUCUUCAAUGUCAACCAAUCAAUCUUUUGCCUCUCCACACAUGAAUAUUCCUCAAUUUUCUGCUGCGAAGCAGAUAUUCAACAUAACUGAAAUUUCUCCUUCCUGGGCUCUUUCGAGUGAAGAAACAAAGAUCUUGGUGGUCGGAUAUUUUCAUGAAGGGCAAUCUAACCUGUCAAGGUCUAAUUUGUUUUGCAUCUGUGGAAAUGCUUGUGCUCGUGCAGAACCUGUCCAAAGUGGCGUAUUUCGUUGUGUGGUCUCCCCUCAAGCACCAGCUUUUGUAAACCUUUUUUUGAGCUUUGAUGGUCAUACAUCCAUAAGCCAAGUUGUGAUGUUUGAGUUCCGUGCACCCAUUGUUGAUAAUCCUGCAAUCUCAGAGGAGAGGUCUAGUUGGGAAGAAUUUGAAGUUCAGAUGAGACUUGCUCAUUUGCUUUUCUCUACAUCUAGGAGCUUUAACAUUUUAUCAACCAAGGUAACACCAACUGCCUUGAAGGAAGCCAAGAAUUUUGCUCGCAAGACCUCACAUAUAAAAAAUCACUGGGAAUUUUUGACAAAAUCAAUAAAGGCCAAGGAAAUGUCUUUCCCAGACGCCAAGAACUGCUUGUUUGAACUGACUUUGCAAAACAGGUUAUUGGAAUGGUUGUUGGAAAGAGUAGCGGAAGGGUGUCAAAUCUCUGAACGUGAUGAACAAGGCCAAGGUGUAAUACAUUUGUGUGCUAUCCUAGGUUAUACUUGGGCUGUCUAUCCAUUUUCAUGGUCUGGCUUAUCAAUAGAUUAUCGAGAUAAGUUUGGAUGGACAGCUCUUCAUUGGGCUGCAUAUUAUGGAAGGGAGCCAAUGGUUGCAAAGCUUCUAACUGCCGGAGCAAAGGCAAAUUUGGUGACAGACCCGACUUCAGAAAAUCCUGGUGGAUUCACUGCUGCUGAUCUUGCAUCCAAAAAUGGUCAUGAGGGUUUGGGGGCAUAUCUUGCAGAGAAGGCAUUGGUUCAACACUUUCAGGAUAUGACCUUAGCUGGAAAUGUCAGUGGUUCACUUCAGACUGCCAAAAGUGAUUCAGUAGAACCUGGAAACUUCAGUGAGGAUGAGUUGUAUCUAAAGGAUACUCUAGCAGCCUACCGCACUGCUGCUGAUGCUGCUGCACGCAUACAGGCUGCAUUCAGGGAGCACUCCCUCAAGGUUCAAACUCUAGCAGUUGAGUCUUCUAAUCCAGAGAUUGAAGCACGUAAUAUAGUUGCAGCUAUGAAGAUUCAGCAUGCUUUCCGUAACUUCGAGACAAGGAAAAAGAUGGCUGCUGCUGCUAGGAUUCAACACAGCUUUCGUACUUGGAAGAUGCGAAGAGAUUUUCUUAACAUGCGUCGGCAAGCCAUUAGAAUUCAAGCUGUAUUCCGGGGAUUUCAAGUUCGGAAGCAAUACCGAAAAAUUAUAUGGUCAGUUGGAGUGCUUGAGAAAGCAAUUUUGCGCUGGCGCUUGAAGAGGAAAGGCUUUCGUGGGCUUCAUGUUAAUCCUGAUGAAGUUGUCAAUAAUCAGAAGGAAGAAAAUGAUGUGGAGGAGGACUUCUUCCGGGCAAGCAGGAAACAAGCUGAGGAGCGUGUUGAGAGAUCUGUUGUCCGAGUACAAGCAAUGUUCCGCUCUAAGCUUGCCCAAGAAGAGUACAGGCGGAUGAAGCUUGCUUACAACAACGCAGCGCGGGAAUAUGAGGAGUUCGAAAAUCCUGAUGGGAUGAGAGAAGACUGAAUGGCAAGCCUUUUUUUUUUUUUUUUUGGUUUAUAUCAUUAGCACAAGAAGAUAUGAUGGCUUCAGUAUUGCAUGUGGAGCUUGGGUUGAAGUAGCACCAAUAUGUACAUCUUGUAAAUACUUUAGUUUUAAGACGAUGCUGGAUUGUGACCUGUUUUUUUCACGUUUUAUGGAAAUGAGGGUCAUACUGUCCGUUUGCUUUUUCAAGUAUUGGAAGCCGUUGAGACUGCUUGGAAGAUUGCUGUUAUUAGCUCUUUCCAUGCUGAUGUUUUGGUCUUACCUGGAAACUAGAUUCCAGAGGAUGUAGUAUUAAGAGAAACUCGAAUGCCCUCUUACAUUGAACU